AUGAAUGUUGAAGGCCCCACACGACGUUCACUGGGUACCGCACAGUUUGGCAUUGAUGACGACAGUAAUCGCAUUAUGCCUACCUACCCUUCAGUGCAGGCAUCUCACAUGGGCACAAUGAAUAAACCUCUCAGAAAUUACAUCUGUAAAUCCGUCUGCUCGAAUUUUGCUCCUAAUAGAAGUUGA